GCUGUGUGACCCCAGUUUCCCCGGAAGAGGAAACGACUGUCAGCUGCUGUUUUUAUUCUACAGACUGACAACAUGCCAGAGGCAGUCUUAAUGGACGAGAAUUACAACAAACUCCUGGAGCAGUGCGAGACACAGGAGUUGGAGGCUCCUGGUGGAAUAGCAACCCCUCAGGUGUAUGGCCAGCUGCUCGCUUUGUAUCUCCUGCACAAUGACAUGAAUAAUGGUCGGUACCUUUGGAAAAGAAUUCCUCAAGCUAUUAAAACUUCUAACAUGGAGCUGGCGGCUAUCUGGGCAGUAGGGCAGCGGAUCUGGCAGCGAGACUUCCCGGGAAUAUACACAGCCAUUGCAGCUCACCCGUGGUCUGAGUGCAUUCAGCCCGUCAUGGAGGCACUCCAAGAAGCGACACGGAGGAGAGCCUUCGGACUCGUAGCUCAGGCUUACACCUCGAUCACAGCUGAUGAUUUCGCUGCUUUUGUUGGAUAUUCGGUAGAGGAAGCUGUAAAAGGGGUUGUAAAUCAAGGCUGGCAGGCAGACCCAAACACCAGGAUGGUAAUGCCCAGAAAGCCAGAUCCUCCCCCAGUUUCCAUGGUUCCUAACGAGCAGCAGUUGGCCAGACUCACUGACUACGUGGCUUUCCUUGAGAACUGAUAAAAUCCCAGCCUGGAGAUGUCCCAGUUAGCAUGAGCCCUUUGUUCCGGGCUUUAAAGCUCCCUGUCUGAUUGGCUGUGCUCUAAUAUCUUUGACAGCAAAUCAGCUUGAAUAGUGUUUAUAGGUUUUUAUGCCAUGCAUUGUUCAUCCAGGCUCUGUUAGCAGGCUUGUCUACGGGAUGGAUUGCAAGACAAAAACAAGUACACCUGGAAUGUGAAACAUGCCAGUGAUGCUGUUUUCAGUAUACAUAAUGUGUCCAUUCACAAUAUGAACCCAUUUGGGCUGAAAUGCUUUUGAUUGCUAUUUGCCUCUUGCCUAAUGGGUCAUUUUUAACCCUAUUUAGUAUGCCAUAUUGUUCUGUAGCAAACUAGCAAGCUAAGCUUUACUGCAACAGAAUAAUGCAGCACUUACAGUAAAGAGCUUUCUUCUAAUUGGCUUCCAGUUGACUGAUGCUUACAACAGAACUUGCAUUUCCGCCCCUCUACUUAGAAAACAUGUUAUAUGGUAGAACAGCUGAGCAGAAGUAUUUCAGAUAAUCCAGGUUUUCACAGGUUUCCUUGUUUCCAGCAUCCCACGCGAUUUUUUUCAAGUCCAGUUAAUUGUGUUCCAAAAGAGGACAUUGUGUCUUUUUAAGGUCAGGUGUCACAUUUAAAAACGUGAAACCACUAAAGGCAAAUUUGCAAUGCAAAUAAGUUAAACAGUUUGAAAAGUCAAAUGUACAUUUUCAGUAAGGCUUCCCAAAGCACUUGCUUUACAUACACAGUACACUUACUUUUUGUAACCUUGUGGUUUAACUGUAGCAGGUUCACACCUUUCUGGUUCAGAAUUUCCCUGCAGUUCACACUGACUCCUUAAAUAAUAACAUUACUACUGGAGAUGCACCAACUAGCCCUGUGUUUUAUCUGUAUUAAUCAAAAUGUUGUGCAUUUAUUGUUUAUUUGUGAGCAGAGAAAAUGCACUGCAGAAAGUAAAAUCAAAAGUAAACACAAUUCUCUUCUGGUUUCAAAAUA